AUGUUUCGCAGUUACAGAACACUUUUCUCCAGAAGGGUGGCCAGAAAUGGUGUUUUAAAACGUUUGAGUGGAGUUCCCAAGAUUGAAGUCAGAUUGUUCACAAACUCGUCUUAUGCAUUGGGUAAAAAGAAGAAGUCUCGUAAAGGAGGCAAUAAAAAAGGUGAACAGCAACAAGAGGAAAAUGAACCAACGGAGGAGAUUGAUACUCGACAGAUUUUGAAACAGGCUGACAAUGAGUUUCAGAAAAGUAUUGAGGAGUAUGGUAAGAGGGCCACUCAAGUGAAGAUGGGUAAGGCCGACCCAGAUAUCUUCAACAGCUUGGAAAUUGCAUUAACAAAUAAACGUAGAGCCAACUUUCAACAGGUUGCGCAAACGACCAUGAAAGGAGGAAAAUUCCUUACAGUUACAGUCUUCGAUCCAAAUGACACCAAGAGUGUUAUUAGUGCGAUUCUCGGUACCAACUUGAACUUGAACCCUGAAGUUGAUUCGAAAAACUCUCAGCUAUUAAAGGUUUUGCUUCCAAAUUCCACCAAGGAAUUGAAAACUAAGCAGCUGAAAGAAUUGAAAGAAUUGACGGAUGACUUUAAAACCGCACAUAACAACAAAUUCUCAUUAGUUCAUCUCCGUGGGAAAUACAUGAAGCUGAUUAAAAACGUCGAAGGAUCCGAAGAUGUGGUCCGAAAAGUGGAAAACGACAUUGAAAAGUUGUACAAGAACUACGCUUCCAAGUUGAGCGAUGCAUAUAAGGCCUCGGAAAGGUCCCUUAGAUGA